AAAAAAAUUCAAUUCCAGUCUGCGAAUUUGCAGGGAAAAGAUCUAAAAUAAAGCGAGAAAGCAGUUAGUUUGUCCAAUUUUAAAUCGUCAUUAUGUCCGAAGCGCACUUUGAUGAGUACGAGCACUACAACUUCGACCAUGACAAGCACAUCUUCUCCGGCCACAGCGGGAAGCAGCGUUCUAAGAAGGAGGCCACCGAGCACACCAAUCACUUCGAUCCCUCUGGCCAUUCCCGCAAGAUUCUCACCAAGCUGAUGAACACCAACAACAACAAGAAGGCCUCCGCCUGCAAGAACUGAUGCAGGGCAUCGGAGACGGGCCAGCGGUACCGAGAGAGCAAAAAGUAACGGGGAAAGAAGGAAAAGAAAACUUCGAAUUUAAAGGAAAGAAAAGGAAAAUCAGUUGAAAUCAAUCGCAGCAAUCGCUGGAAGCAAAGAAAAGAGAGAACGAGAAAGAAUAACAAAAGCCACUUGGAAAUACACUUUGCAUUUGGAUUGUGCAUUGGGAUUUCAUGCGGCGCAAAACUUUGUGAACUUGUAAUAAUUUUAUUUCGCUUAUAUUUUCACAAACAAAAAAACAAAUAUUACUCUUAACUUCUUAAUAUUCCUAAACUAAUUCAGACUUACACGUUUUAGUUGCUAAGCCUUAGUGCGUUUCAAAUUAUGAAGUUUGAUUUAGGUAUUACAUAUAAAAUAAAAAAAAAACCAAAACUGAA